CGGCGCGCGCGCACGGUCGGCCGCCGGCUGUGGGCGCGCGCCCCUCGAGCAGCGCAGCGGGCCGCCUUCCCUGGAGCGCCGAGGCCGAGUUCGCGGAAGCUCGGCCCCCGUCGCGGUCAGCGCUGGCCGCUGCCCCGUCGUCCGCGGGUUCCGAUGGCCGCGGAGGGGCAGUCAUUACAGGGCCCAGUGACCUUCGAGGAUGUGGCUGUGUAUUUCUCCCUGGAGGAGUGGAGCCUCCUUAAUUUGACCCAGAGGAGCCUGUACCAUGAUGUGAUGCUGGAGAAUUUUGCGCUCAUUGGCUCGCUGGGAUUUGCACCUUUGAGGUCCCAUGCGGUUACCCAACUGGAGGAUGAUGAAGAACAGCUCUGGGUACCCAACAUGGUGGACAUGAUCCUGGUCAGCAGAACAGAGGCCGAGAGGGGCCCUGGUCUUGGUUGUCUGUGCAGACUGGAGGAUGAGGAAGCUCCUCCCAAGCAGGUGAAGAGCUGCAGAGUUCACCUGUCAGAGAAGCCCUUUCUGUGUGGGGCGUCUGGGAAGGAUGUCCCAGCCACCUUAGACCUCCUCCUGCACGAGGCCGCCCACAGCAGGGGGAAGCCAUGCAGGAGCACUGAGCGCAAGGCCUUCCCACCCAGCUCCCGUUGCCAGCAGCAGCAGGGAGUCCAAGCUGCACAGAAGCCCUUCAAGUGCAGUGACUGUGGGCAGGCCUUCCUGAAGGCCUUUGCGCUCCUCGACCACUUAACUCUCUCUGAAGAGAGACCCUUUAGAUGCCCAAAAGGUGGAAAUGCCCCCAAAGAGACAUCAACCCUUGCUAGUCACCGAAAAAUUCACACUGGAGAGUCAUCCCAUGUGUGUAACGAGUGUGGAAAGGCCUUCAGUUACCCAUCUAAGCUGAGGAAGCACCAGAAGGUUCACACGGGCAUAAAACCUUUCAAGUGUGGUGAGUGUGGUAAAACCUUCAACCGCAAAGAUGCGCUUGUCCUGCACCAGAGAAUCCACACUGGAGAAAGGCCGUAUGAGUGCAGCGAAUGUGGGAAAGCCUUCAGCGUGUUGUCCACCCUCAUCCGGCACCGGAAAGUUCACAUUGGAGAAAGGCCCUAUGAGUGCGGGGAAUGUGGGAAGUUCUUUAAAUACAACCACAGCUUCAUUCUUCACCAGAGAGUGCACACUGGAGAAAGGCCCUACGAGUGCAAACAGUGCGGGAAAGCGUACGUGACCCGCUCUGGCCUCUACCAGCACUGGAAGGUCCACACUGGGGAGCGGCCCUACAAGUGCAACCUGUGUGGAAAAGCCUUCACGACCAGGUCCUACUGCAAUCGGCACCAGCAGUUCCACACUGAAGAGAGGUCCCAUGAAUGUGCAGAAUGUGGGAAAGCCUUCAAACAUAGUUCCACCCUCCUUCAGCACAAGAAAGUCCACACUGGAGAAAGGCAGUAGGAGGACAGGGAUGUGGGAAAGCUUGUAGCCAUGGCUGACACCUUGUUCAUCAUGAAAGGUCUCACUCGAGAGAGAUUAGGAGAGUAGCCAUUUGAAAGCUAAACCUGGCAGACCCCACCACCACCCUGGGGUGGUGCCAGGAGUGUUGGGAAGCUUUUGGGAGCUACAUUGCACUCUGACCUGCCCAGGCUGUUGGCAGUGUUAAGUCACUGCCAGUUUCUGUGACAGAAGCCACCCCACCUCUACCACCUGGUCUGUCCCCAUGGGUCUAUCAGUCACCCCAGUGUACUCUGGGACAGCAGACCUCUGUGCUCCCCACUCUAUAUAGGAGAGAAUCAUGAGUGGUGGAACCCAUAAUGGGCCUAUUCCCUCCCUUGACUGGUUUAGGUGUGGACGUGACCUAGUUCUGGCCAAGAGUAGCUGAGAAGUUUCUACUGGGAUCUUCCAGGGAAGAUUAACCACUUUCAUGGAUGCUAUGAGACUACACGUGGUACCUGUCAUGGAUUUAUCCAACUCUGGAACUGACUCACUGCUCUGGAAUGUAUGGUAACAAAGGCCGUAUUGUUUAAGCCACUUUUAUUUUUGGGGGUUCUGAUCCCUGUGUGUGGAGGGACUGAGAACAGAAUUGGGCUCAUAAAUAGAGGGAAUGGCUUCUUUGGGGGUCCCUGACUUUUAUCUACCUCAGUGGGGAGAGCAGGACGGCAGACAACAGCUCCAGUCAAGAUUGGCCUAAUUUUCACUGGUGUCUGAGACCUCCAGAGAAAGACUGAAGAGCUUUGUGGAUGAAUCUGGUAGCUUGGAUGUCAGGUUUCUUUGUGGGUCCAGAGCUUGUGAAGAAUGGGGUCAUUGCUUUAAGAUCCCCCAUGUGUGUAAGGACAAGAGAGCUGGGUCCCUUGUUCCCAGAGAAUGUUGUACAACAUCUAGCAUUGGUCAGAAGAAGCUGUUUCCAGAAUCAGCUCAGAAGCCAUGUUCUCUGAAAACUAGAGUGUGGAAGUAAGUUCUAGACUGACCAUAGGACCUACAGGGGCCUGUUUAAAAGAGUAAGUGGGCACAGAAAUACUGAGUGGAGUAACAUGGGGGCGGGGGGGUGUCUGGUAAACUAGAGUUUGAGUUGGAUCUAAAGAGGCACCCACAAAUGUUCCAGCAACUGUCGUUCCACGGUGUGAGGAGUGCAGAGUUAUCUGUGGCUGAGGUCACUGUUAGCAAGUAAGCUACAGGUUUUCUGGAUUCUCAUCAGCUUCCUGAGCAUGUCCACCUCAUGGCCGUCACCCUGGGCUGAGAGAAGGGAGAUCCCGUAGUCCUGGGAUGUGGUUUGUGUGACCCAGUUGGGUUCCCAGUGUGUCUGCACACGAUAGCCUUCGUUGUUUUUGCUGCCACUGUCCCGGGGCUCAAAGGAGAGAAGUGGUUGAAUCAACAUAUGGAUCCAGAUCUUCUGGUUUGUGGGGCCUUUUGAUUUAAAAAAUUUGGAAAGUAUUUUCCCAAAAGGUAAAUAAAAUGUCAGUUCAUCAAAA